AUGGGCCGCAGGACGCUGCUGCAGCACCUAACUGACCUGUGGGGUGAUGACCACUCAAUCCACCAUCUGGACUUGGACAUUGAGCAAAAAUGGAAAAAGCAGCAGAGAAACUAUGAGAAGAGUGUAGACUCUGAGACAGAAGGUCUGCUCUUCUCUUCUCCAUCCAGCCCUGGCCUCUCCCUCCUCUACACUUUGUGGAUGACGUUUCGUCCAUCAUUACUCAAGGUCAUUCUAUUGAGGCUGUCAGCUGACCUUCUCAGCAUAUUUGGCCUUUUCACUCUCAGGUGGGCAGUAUUGUUCUGUGAGAAGCAGCCUGUGUUUGAGUGGGCGGGGUACGUCUAUGCUCUGGUCAUUCUGGGGUCAGCCUUCUGCUACGCUGUCUCACAACACCUGCUUGGGAGAUUGAGCAGGAAAACUGCGGCCAGCGCUCAUGCAGCCUUAUCUGGCGCCCUCUACAGACAGGUAGUCCCCCCACAUCAGACACACUCCGCUGCACCGGUCUCCCAGAUGUUGGCUGAAGUUGACCAGAUAGCAGAGCUGGUGGUGCAUCUUCCAUGGCUCAUCUCCUUUCCAGUGAGAGUGGUUCUUUGUGUGGGGAUCCUGUGGAUAGAGCUGGGCCCAGCUAUGCUGGUUGGUCCAGCACUGCUGCUGUUUCUCACUCCUGUCCAUUCCUCACUGGAGCACCGCAUCAAACUGCUGCAGUGCAGUCAGGUGACCAUUCGAGAGGCAAGUGAAAACCUCAUUAAAGAGAUGCUGCAUGAGAUGAAGGCACUGAAGCUGCUGGCAUGGGAGUUUUUCUUCCAGUACAGGGUGGCAGAGGCGUGGGAGCGGGAACUGGAGACACUUCAAGUUCUGGGAUAUCUUACGUCCUUUUCUAUGCUAAGCCGCAUUUGUAUACCGUAUCUGGUGUGUCUGUCUAGCCUGGGUGCGUUUGUUCUGAUGGAUGAUGGGAACGUUCUGACGCCCUCUCAGGUGUUCAUGAGCCUCUGUCUCUUUAGACUGCUGCUGCCUCUGUUUCUGAAGCUCCACACACUCUCCACUAUGUUAAAACAGACAAAGCAGUCUCUCUGUCAUCUGGAGGAAUUCUUUAUCUCCGAGAAUCUGGACAUUAAAAACUGUCACCCAUGCCCUUCACAAGAUUCACCCUGCAGGUUCCCACAGCAUUGUGGCAGAUGUAAUAACAAGAAUCAUCAUGAAACUGAAAGGGAUAUAGAGCAAUUGCCAGCCCAUAAAGGCAUUGGAGGAGCGCUCGGGCAGUAUCUGAGGGCUUUUGGCUUUCACUGGGUAAUUCUGACCCUGCUGGCCCAGCUGGGUGUAUGCAUUGUAUGUGUGGCCCAGGACGGACUGCUGUGUGUGUGGACAGCAGAGGCAAAGGACGUGCAGGGGCUGGAGGAGUGGAAGGAGCUCAGAAAUUCACGCUUGUCUGUCUGCAUUCUGCUUGGACUUCUGCAGGCCUUGCUGGUGUGCUGGGCGGCAUAUUGUCUCAACUGUGGCUCUCUCAGGGCCUCUCACUCUUUGCAAUGUGAGCUGCUCUCCAGCGUCCUUCGCCUGCCUUUAAGUGUGCACUUGACCACUGACCCCCCUCACUUACUGCGCACCUUCACUCAGGACAUGUAUGUGAUUGAGGAGCAGCUACCUGAACAGCUACACACCUGGGGAAGUUGUCUUCUGCAGAUAAUGGCCAGCAUGCUGCUGAUUAUCUAUAUCAUUCCUGUCUUCAGCUUGGCGCUAUGUCCUUUGACUUUUCUCUUCUUCACUGUCCAGUCUCACUGCUCAUCAGUACAGGAGCAUGUCACAUACAUGUCCUCAAUCCUCUCACCGGUGUGUGUGAAACAGCACAGCAGACGCCCAGUCUCGCCCCACAUGAGUGACAAAACUCUGCCUGAACCACUUGCUCCAAGACAUCAGCCCAGAACCUACAAGUACAGCACAAAAGUGUUGAUAUGGAAAGGUCAGUGGGCUUUGCUGAGACUGGACAUUGUUUAUGCAAUUAGUUUAUUCCUCAUCAGUCUGGCCUUGCUGGAUAGUGCGGAUUCCCUGGAUGCUGGCAUCAUAGCUUUGGCUCUGGCUUAUGGUUUUAAUGUGAGAGAAGCGAUGCACCAGUUUACUGCAACUUCCGCAGAAACUACAAGGAAUGCACUGAUGGUACAGAGAAUCUGUGUUUACUCCAAAAUGGAGAAAGAGGCUGAAUGGACCGGAGGCCACAGAGCCCCACCUGGCUGGCCCCAAAAAGGAGAGCUUGAGUUUAUACAUUAUGGAACUGAAGCAGGAGCAAUCACACCAGCAUUCAGAGGACUUAGCUUCAGUAUUUGUAAAGGAGAGAAGGUUGGUGUUGUAAGCAGAGAGAAGGCUGAGACUGAUGGUUUGAUAAGCUGUCUGUUCAGAGCAGUGGAGGCCAGUUGUGGAGCUGUUCUUAUUGAUGGAGUGAACAUAGUCAGCGUGGGACUCCACACCCUGCGCAGUCACCUGCACCUAAUCCCUCAGGUGCCUGUGCUGUUCUCUGGAUCUCUGAGGGCUAAUGUGGACCCUUUUGCACAGUGCUCCGACGCCCAGGUGUGGCAGGUUUUGGAGCUUUGCCAGCUGAAGGAAAUUGCACAGCAGCUGCAGGGCCAGCUGCUGCACUCCAUACAGCCCAGCUUCACCGCUCACAGCUUCCUUAGCAGUGGACAAAAGAGGCUGCUGUGUCUGGUCAGGGCUCUGCUGGGGAAAGCCAGAGUGCUGCUAGUGGAGGAGGCUCUUCUUUUAGGUGAUUCAGAAUCAGAACAUCUGCUUCAGCAGCUAGUCCUUACACUACUCCCAGAAUGCACUGUUCUGUGGCUGAGUCAGAAUCCAAACAGUGUCAUGCACACAGACAGGGUGCUGGUGCUGGACGCUGGCCAUGCUGUGGAGUUUGACUCUCCUUCUGUUCUCAUCCAGCAGGGGACACUGUUCAGACAGCUACUGCAGGAGUCACAGAGAGGCAGUGUUUAACAAGGAAAACCAGAAUAUACUGAAGUCUUUGACAGGCAGUGUGCAUACAUAUUUAAGUAUUUUGGUACAUAGUUGUGUGCAGUUGUAUAAAUUAGAGAAAAUGAGAAAAUAAGUACACGUCCCCUACACUUUUGCACAGUUUAAUGCACAAUUACUGUUUAUUUGCUGAAUUUAACAUAACAAUCAGCAAAGAAAUAGAAAUUUGCAGAACAUUUGCAGAAAAACACUUAAACUUGUUCUCUGUAGAGGAUAUGUUGACUUAUUUUCACUUGGACUGGGGUUACUCAAACUUUAGCUUACAAUUUUUUGUACAUAAGUUAUAUAUUGUGUUACUUAUAUACAGUGGGGUCCAAAAGUCUGAGACCACAUUGAAAAUCUGGGAUUUUUUUCAUUUAAAAUAUUUUUUUCGAUUUUAUCAAAAAAUUAAAACAGUUAGGGAAAAUAUAAUGAAGAAGAACAGUUCUGCACUGUUUAUAGGUCUAAUUUAAGCAAAAUUGUGGCAUUUGUGGAGUUCAUGUAGGCUUGAACCGCACACUGUCGUCGAGAAAGCAAAAGAGGGACAUACCAAAUACUAAGAAAUUCUGGAAUUCAUGUUAAAAUUUCACUCAAAUUGUUAUGCUGCUAAUACAAAUCAUAAUGAAAAGUUUUGUAUUAAAUUAGAAUGGAAUCAAUUCUAUUCUUUCAAUUGACUAUAGAAAGCAGUCCAUAAACAGAAUGCGAAAUAGAAGCAUUUUCACUGGUCAGCUCAGACUUUUGUACCCCGUGUAUGAAUAUAAAUCAAGCACAACAAUGUUUUGUUAUUCUCUGCUUUUUAAAUAGAACCAUUCAUAGCUGAACAAUUUUCAACUACAAUCAUUGAUUUGAUCACCUUGUUUUGUCACCAUUUUUGUAGUAACAUAUUUAAAAUUGUUCUUCUCAUUUGUUAAGAAGUUCUAUCCCACAGAAAUGGAAGAUUCAUGAUUUAAGUAUUUAAAACUCACAUUUAAUGUAUCAUUCUUUAUUUACUUUGAGCUGAACAUGUUUUUCAGUGUUACUUGACAGUUCAUUCUGUUUUCAUGGUUUUGUCUCGUGAAACGAUAAAGUAUGUCUUUUUACAGCAUGUAUUGUAAUCAGAGUCUAAGAGAUUAGGGAGCUUUCCUAAUAGUACAGCAUUUCAAACCUCCCUGUAUCUUGUGCUACCUAAAGUAGUGUACAAACAUCAAGCAGUGACAGUAAUACGUGUUGAUCUCUUUGCUUCCCCUUUUCAGUCGUUGGGUCCAUUUCUUA